GCGCCCGGUCUCACAGUGGGCGGGGCCACCGUCCCGGAAGUGCCGGGGGCUCUAGCGGGGUCGUCAUCUCAGUGCAGGAGCGCCGGGCAGGGGCGUGGCCGGGGCGCUGUCGGGCCCCGGGUUCUCAGUGCGGGUGAUAAAGGCACCCGAAGUAGGGGGGGGGGGGGGACGCCGCACCCCACGGGGCCUUUGAGCCUUGUCCAUCCCAGGGGCAGAGUCCGCGCGCGGGGUUGAAGCGGCGUCUCCCGGUUCCUCAGAGCCAGGCGGGAUGGGCGAGCUCCUGACUCCCCGGGAGACUGCCCGCUUCGUGGCCGCAAACAGCCGGGACGUGCGCGUGGACGGCGCGGGCGUGCGCGGCGUGGCGGAGCUGCUGCUCGCCAGGGCGUCGGGGCCCGAGCUGUGCGUGGACGGCUGGAAGACCCUGCACGAGCUCAAUCCCCGGGCGGCCGACGAGGCCGCGGUCAACUGGGUGUUCCUGACCGACACGCUCAACUUCUCCUUCUGGGCGGACGACGCCGAGCGCAAGUGUGUGGUGGGCUACAGGGGGACUCCGUACAGCGGGUACUGGGCCCUGUGCGCCGCGGUCAACCGGGCCCUGGACGAAGGGAUACCAGUGACUAGUGCAUCUUAUUAUGCCACUGUGACUCUGGAGCAGGUUCGGCAUAUACUCCGUUCUGAUACAGAUGUUCCCAUGCCCAUGAUGGAAGAGAGGCAUCGGAUUCUCAAUGAAACUGGGAAAAUUCUGCUUGAGAAGUUUGAUGGAUCAUUUCUUAACUGUGUUCGAAAAAGUGAAAAAAGUGCACAGAAGUUAAUGAACCUGGUAGUUGAGAAUUUUCCCUCUUACAGAGAUCUGACUCAGUUUGAGGGGAAAAGAAUUUCUUUUUACAAACGGGCCCAAAUCCUCGUGGCAGAUACGUGGAGUGUACUAGAAGGAAAAGGAGAUGGCUGCUUUAAGGACAUCUCCAGUAUCACCAUGUUUGCUGAUUAUAGAUUACCUCAGGUUCUUGUUCACUUGGGAGCGCUGAAAUACUCUGAUGAACUACUAGAGAAGCUUCGAAAAGGAGAAAUGCUCUCCUAUGGAAGUAAGGAAGAGGUGGAGAUCAGAGGGUGCUCAGUUUGGUGUGUUGAGCUGAUCAGGGAUUGUCUUUUGGAGCUUAUUGGAAAAAAUGGUGAAAAAACAAGUGGAGAGAUCACUUCCAUUCUUUUGGAUUAUUUCUUAUGGGACUAUGCCCGUGAUCACAGGGAAGAUAUGAAAGAAAUUCCGUUUCAUCGCACACGUUGCAUAUAUUAUUAAUGCAAAGUGUAAACCAACUCAAAGAAGACCCUUUUCAUUUUGUUUAUUUUAUUUUUUGUUACCACCGAGGUUAUUGCUAGGGCUUGCACUACAAAUUCACCAAUCCCAGUGACCAUUUUUUCCUCUCAAAUUUUUAUUAGAUAGGACAGAAAGAAAUUGAGAGAGGUCAGGUAGAUAGAGACAGGGAGAGAAAGAUAAGACACCUUCAGACCUGCUUCGAUGCUUGUGAAGUGGACCCCCUCCCUGUAGGUGGAGAAGGGCCCUUUAACCAGGGUCCUUACACUUGGUAAUAUGUGGGCUUAAUUGGGUGUGCCACCGCCCAGGCCACACCAUCUUUGUGUUUUAUACCACAUAAUCAUGUGCAGUUUUUCUUUGAUAGUAGCAGAAAGUAGUAGAGGUUACAGAAACAAGAAAAUUAAGUUACCUAGUCAUCUGCAUUUUUUUUUAUUUGUCUGUCUUGCUACUGCUUGCUUAGUUUUAACUAAAUAUUCAAGGAACACAGAAUUAGCAGAAAUAGUUAAGGAACUCCUAAUGCUUUCUGUAGUCCUCAGGGUUUUAUUUUUUAUUUUUUUUUACAUUUAUUUAUUUUCCCUUUUGUUACCCUUGUUGUUUAUCGUUGUUGUUGUUAUUGCUGUCGUUGUUGGAUAGGACAGAGAGAAAUGGAGAGAAGAGGGGAAGACAGAGAGGGGGUAAGAAAGAUAGACACCGGCAGACUUGCUUCACCGCCUGUGAAGCGACUCCCCUGCAGGUGGGGAGCCAGGGGCUCAAACCAGGAUCCUUAUGCCGGUCCUUGCGCUUUGCCCCACCUGCGCUUAACCGGCUGAGCUACGCCCGACUUCCAGUCCUCAGGUUUUUAAAAAUUUUAUGCCUUAUAAUAUAAUUAAUCUUCUGUGAUGGUAUUUUAACCAAUCAAUUGGUAUCUUAAGGUGUAGAAAUUUUUCUUAUACCUAAUAAUUUGAUAUAAAAGAGAUAGGGCCUAUGCUAUUGCUUUUGUAAAAAUCAAUCUUUUUUUUUUUUAUUGUUGUUGUAGUUAUUAUUGUCGUUCUUGGAUAGGACAGAGAGAAAUGGAGAAAGGAGGGGAAAACAGAGAGGAGGAGAGAAAGAAAGACACCUGCAGACCUGCUUCACCGCUUGUGAAGGGACUCCCCUGCAGGUGGGGAGCCGGGGGCUUGAACCGGGAUCCUUACGCCCAUUGCUGGCUUUGCGUGCCACGUGCGCUGUAAAAAUCAAUCUUGACACCUUAUUUUAAACUUACUGAUAAUGGGGGCCAGGUGGUAGUGCACCUUGUUGACUGCACAUGUUACACAAUGCACAAGCCAGGGUUUGAGUCCCCAGUCCCCUCCUGCAAGGGGAAAGCUUUGCAAGUGUUGAAGCAGUGUUGCAGGUGUCUCUCUGUUUCUCUCCCUAUCACCCUCUUCCCUCUUAAUUUCUGUCUAUCCUGUUAAUAAAUAAAGAUAAUAAAAAAAACUUAUAUUGAGUGGUCCAGGAGGUGACGCAGUGGACUCUCAAGCAUGAGGUCCUGAGUUCAAUCCCUGGCAGCACAUGUACCAGAGUGAUGUCUGGUUCUUUCUCUCCUCCUAUCUUUCUCAUGAAUAAAUAAAUAGAAUCUUUUUAAAAAAAUCUUAUAUUGAUAGUGAAUUUUGUGCACAAUGUUUUCAAUCUGUAAUAUAAUUUUUUAGGGUGAUUGAAUUAGAAUGCAAUAAAGAUUUUAAAAACCUUUCUUAA